GUGUUCGCAUCCAGACAAUCUUGGGUUGAAGAUGAGUUUUUCUGACCGACACGGAAAUCUAACGUUUAGCUUUAAGUAUGGAGCUCCAGGCGAUCMAGGCGAUCCUUAGGGAAUCCAAAGUUUGCCGUAACCCUUUUCAUGUAGWUCCUCUCGCUAAAAAACUCAAACCACUCUUUGAAAAUGUAAAAUUUAAACUUGCUUUUUCUGUCAAAGAAGAAUAUCAAAAUCGGCCACUUAAACUCGAAAAAUCUUCUCCAGAAUCAAAACUAAGGCUUCAAUAUCUAAAGGAAUUUUCAGCUCAACCUAAUGCCAGUGAAAAAUCUAAAAAUKUCGACGUCUUCGCUAAAGAUUUCCAAACCUUCCUUGAUGGCAGAUCUACUUUACUGGUAGACAACAAUCUUGAAGAUGCAUAUAAGAUUAUCCAAGAUUCUGAGAGAAAUGAGGAGGAUGACUUCGUUCACAAAGCAAGAAUUGAGGGUGUAGUUCUCAGGACAUCUCCCAGCUACGUGUCUUUAAUCACUUUGGAUGGAUCAGAGGAAUUAUUGGUCAAAGUUAAUCGAGAGUUUGUAGGUUUUGGAAUUAAAGUCAGAGCUGGUGAUGUUAUAAGUGUUGUCAACCCCAAAUUGACUCGAAACAAGGRGAAUGAUUUGGAUCCAGAAUUGAAAUGCUGCUACAAAGUAUACCCACAUGAAGUGAACGAUUWCCUAGAUAAACUCAAAGCAAAAAAUGAUGCAUGUACAUUGCUUGAAGGUGUUUUAAGAUCAGUGGCUGUUUGGGAGUAUGUCUUGAAUGUAUCUGUUAAAGAAGAAGAAGAACAGGGUGAAAUGUGUAAGAAAAUAUUGGAAGUGUGUCAAAAAGUCNUGGCUGUUUGGGAGUAUGUCUUGAAUGUAUCUGUUAAAGAAGAAGAAGAACAGGGUGAAAUGUGUAAGAAAAUAUUGGAAGUGUGUCAAAAAGUCAGUGAUAUCAGCUACAAAUCUCCAAUGGCAGGAACAAUCAGGAACAUUUGGACCAGUUUUAAGGGAAGCAAGUUCUUUAUUGAUGUAUUACCUAAACUAGUGAAAGAUGAGACUUGGCAACGAGAAAAUGUGCAACUGGUUAAAAACUUCCUUGAGAAUCUACUGAAACAUCUUCCAGAAUGUGGAGUUAGAGCAAUUGAAAUUGUAAAAAAGUUGAACAUCGAAAGUACUGGCCAUGGGAUGGAGUUUAUGGAAACAUUGUUAUCAAUCCUUGCAUUGAAUGUCAUUGGGGUCAAGGAUAAUCCAAGUCAUCUCAAAUGGAAUCAACAGUCCAUCAUUCCUGUUUCCAGUGAACUACUCACCACAGACACUCAAUGGAAAGACCUUCCACGUGUCAAAGUUAAAGCUGAUGACAAGAAAGAAUCAUCGACAGAGUACAGUUACAAKUCUGAAGAAGAGUACAUCAUGACCUACUAUACUCUGAUGAGAGAAGAAUGCUUCCACAAGUUAAAGUUUGGUAUCGGUCAUUUCUUGGCGACUGGAAAGMUUGAUCCUAAAGAUAUCAUGAUGUACAGGGUAUGUCUUCUUAAAGCUCUUCCCAACAUCAAGCAAUCAAUACAAGAAGGAUUAGCUCUUGUAUUUGAAUUAUCCAAAAAUGAGAAAACUGAUGAAUCUAAUGAUCCAGAUAACAGCAGCUGGUUAAUGUUUGGUAAUCUUCUGUGUUUGUCAUUCGAUGGAACUUUCCAGUGUCCUGUGUGGGGAAUCAUUAGUGGAGACUCAGAGGAACGGAACCAGGUUCAGGUCAGYCUGUGCUCAGAAAGAAACAAGUUGAGUGAAGCUGAAGUUAUUACUAAGCUACAACAGCUGCAGGAUAAAGCUUACAUGGCUGAGAGCAAUACUUACUAUCGUGCUUAUGGUCCACCCUUGGAAGUACUUCAACAGAAAGAAACUGUGCCAUUUAAAGAGCAGCUUGUUCAAGUACAGAGGUGUACUGAUCCACCAGAGUAUCUCAAGAAUCUAAAGAAGCCUCCUGAUUGGAGCAUCAUUUUCACAGACCCAGGGUGUAUUGAACCCCAUGAUGGUGAUGAUUACAGCUAUGAGUUACUCAUGAAGGAAUUUACAAAGCUGAGAGAAAAUAAAGAUCAGAGUAAACCAAAAUUAGAUGAAAAGCAGUUAGAUGCAGUAGAACAAGCUCUGCGCAAUAAAGUGACUCUUAUCCAGGGACCGCCAGGCACUGGUAAAUCUUAUGUUGGUGAAGCACUUCUUCAACUGCUGCUGUCCAUGGAGGUACCAAAGACUAAUGGUCCUAUACUGGUCGUGACAUAUAAAAACCAUGCACUUGAUAACUUCCUGCAGACCUGUGCAGAAAAAAUCCCUGAUUUCCGAGACAAGCUUGUACGUGUUGGAAGAGGCAGUGAUGAUGCAUCAGAGGACCUAAAGCAGUGCAGAAUAAAUGAGAAACUAAAAGAUUUAUCUUGGGACGAGUACUUUCAGUCAUCAAAGAGACUCAAACUACAACUGGAAGCAAUGRAACCUGAUAUUGAGAAGUGUGUGAAGAGCUUGCGAUGUUCCAACAAGUUUACUGUGUCUGUUUUCAUUAAGGAAGCAGACAAUAACCACUUACUGCACCUCUGUACAAAACAUGACUACACUGAAAGAAUGCAACAAAUCCAGAAAGACAAAAAUUUCAGAGUCAAGCACUUUAAAGAGCUUUGCCAGAUGAUUAAAGAGCCUCUAAAAGAGUGGUUGCCAAAUCAGAAGAAAUUUGAAAUGUUUGCUGGCAAGGUCACAGAGAAAGGUCUUCAGAGCUGUGUAGAUGAUGAAGAUUAUGGAUUUCAGUAUAUUAAACAAGAAAGCACUGAAAAGCAAAAAGAAGAGGAACCUAAGGAUGAAAACUGUAAUACUCGUCAAUCCCUCCCUUCUGAAGAACGUAAAGAGCGACGAGCUGAUGAUAAUGAUGAGCUUAGUGAAGAAGAAGAAGGUGCUGAUAAUGAAACACACUUACCAGAGGAAACACCAUUGAUUGUGUUACCUGAAAUACCAGAUGAGAAACUAGGGAAUGUGAAGGCAAUCUUGAAUGCUGGUAAUAUUCAAAAGCUGAAAGAUGGUGAGAAAAUCCAAAUGGUAUAUGCUCUACAACGACAAAGAUACAAAACAGUUACUAAUGAAUUUUCGCAGCUAACUCAAGACUUUAAUCAGAAGCAGCAAAGAAAGAAAGAGGUUGAUGACCAACGUCAAAUCAAAAUCUUAAAGGAGCACAGUGUUAUUGGUAUGACAGUCAGCGGUGCAGCAAUUAGAGCAAGCUGGUUAGAGUCUAUCAAACCCUCAGUAAUAAUCGUUGAGGAGGCUGCAGAAAUCCUGGAAUCCCAGCUUGUUGCAGUGAUCCCAUCAUCUGUUCAACAUCUGGUCAUGAUUGGUGAUCAUCAGCAGCUACGCCCACAAGUGCACUAUGAUAUACUCUGCCGCAAGUGUGACUUUCAUAUUUCAAUGUUUGAGCGUCUUAUCAAAGGUGGUCUUGAUUACGCCCAGCUGAACCAGCAAGGAAGAAUGAGAGAUGACUUAGCACAACUGGUUAGAGAGCUGGGGAUUUAUGAGGAGUACAAGACCAGAGAUGAGGUUGUGAAAAGGAAUAAAGUCCAUGACUGCUUGCCUAAAUCAAUGUACUUCUAUGACCACAAAAGAGAAGAGAAGAAGCAAUCUGGAUCACAUAGUAUGUACAAUGAACAUGAAGCUGAUGAGAUUGUUAAAAUGGCCAAGUACCUGGUAUGUGAUAACAAUGUAGAACCAAGCAACAUCACUGUACUAUGCUCCUACCGUGGUCAGGUCAAGUGCCUAAAGAAUAAGUUAGAAAGGCAAGAUGCUUACAGGCUAACAGAUUUAACAGUAACURCCAUCGACUCAUUCCAGGGGAAAGAAAACGAUAUCAUCUUGUUAUCAUUGGUUCGCAGUCAAAAAGGAGCAAAUGCCAAAAUUGGAUACCUCAGUUCCAUCAACAGAAUAUGUGUAGCAGUGUCCAGAGCUCGUACAGGACUCUAUCUGUUUGGCAAUUCUCAUCUUCUGAAAAAGAAAUCAUCAAGAGGAUGGGGGAAAAUUAUCAGUCAUAUGUCUGAGAAGGGCCUUAUUGGAAGUAAAUCAACAAUUGAAUUCUUGACAGGGCGUGCAGUUGCAGCUGAUGGCCCCUCCUCCCCAGGCCCUGGUGAAACUCAGCCAAGAAAGCAGUCUGAUAUAUAUAUUGAUAGAGUAGGUGUGCUCUGCAUUGGUGAUCAAACCUACGUUGGAUGUUGCCCUGAUGGGGUGUCAGACAACCAUCAAGUUCAUAGAAGGCCACAGCAACAGAGCACUCCUUCAAGGCCACCACAAGAUGAUCAGCACAGCCCAGCAGAGAGGCAACCGGUGGAAGAAACAAGCAAACUUAACACAUCAUCAGCCACUGCAGGUGGAAAUCAGCAUCAUUCACCAUCUGAGAAUCAGCACAGCCCAGAGAGGCAACCAGUGGAAGAAACAAGCAAACAUAACUCAUCAUCAGUCAAUGCAGGUGGAAAUCAGCAUCAUUCACCAUCUGCUGAGAAAAGUGAAGCCCAAGAAUCGUCAUGGGUUGGAGACUCGCAACCCUCUUCUGUAGAAACAGAUGUUAGACCUUAUUUGCCCACUGCAGAGGACCGUGAGGGUCAAGAAAUGUCAUUGUCUGGGGGUCCACAACCCUCUGCUGUAGAAGCAGAUGGUAGACCUCUUCAAGAAACAGGAGAUAUCGAGAAACGCAGGCCAAUACAAGACACACACCUUGCUAAAGGCCAAGAAGAGGAAGGGAAAGAAGAGGAUGACAAAGUCCAAGCGGUAGAGGAAACAAGUGAUAAGAAGGGAGAGCUUGUAGUUGGGACUCAAAGUGACAUGCCCUUUCUGUCAGGCGAUGACAAGGCCAGUUGUGAAGAUGCAAGUGCAGGCAGCCCUCAACAAGACUCAAAUCUCCCAUCUUGUGAGAGUUCACUGGGUCAAAAGAGAGAACAAAAACUAUUUGAUGAAAAAGAAGCUUGCGUCUUGAACAAGAGCCUAAAAGAAGCACCAGCCUCAGCAGAUCUGAUAAAAAAGUUGCAAAAUCGACAGAAAAGCAACCCAGAAUGCUUAGGGGAUAUCAACCUAGACAAUCCAGAAUUGACAAUUGGGGAAAUCAGGGAGAAAGUGAGUCCUGAUGUGCAGGAAAUACUUGAUCAAUAUGUGGAGGACCACGGAUGUAACUGUGAUGAGUGUGGCAGCCUGAGAUAGAAUUGUACAAAAGGUAGAAGUUCACAUAAUGGAGUCAUCAUUAGUGUUGUUCCAGAAAAUAUCCAUUAACCCCCAACACGGAGGAAAUUUGUAAAAGGACUCGCAUACCCCCAGGAACUUCCAAUCUUCUUCCAUACAAACUGUCUGUAAUUUUGUUAUUUCUCUGACCCCCCUCCCCUCCAGAAUUUCCAAUUCCCUCCAUGGGUGGGGAUGGAUAUUUUCUGGAACUACAUGAUAUGAUUUUUAAUACUGUAUUAUGAUAUUAAAUAGGAGAUUAUAAAUUUUAGUGGGAAAGGUAUUAUUAUGUUACUGACUUAAUUUUAGAUUGCCGCCCAGUUGAUUGAUCACUGGCCUGUUUUUCAGGAGGUCAUGGUUUCAAGCCAGACCCAUGUAAAUAAAAUGAAAAAUAUCUAAGUAAAAAUUUGCUGCUUUCGCUCAAAAAAAUAUUGAUAUUGUAGAUGAUAUAAUUAGAACUUUACUGUGACUUGGAUGACCACACAGAACAGCUAUCCUGUCUCAUUUAGUGAGACAUUAAAUGUAGAGGGCCACAAUUUUUGCAGUGCUUAAUUGAGACUGUCAAGUACCACCCUCUCUAAAAAAAUUGGCUGAGAAUUGUUUGUGCCUGGUAAUAAUAAAUAAUGUAUUCAAUGUUUGUUUUGUUGACCAGAAGUUCUUGAGUCUUAUUCACACCCAGAGGACUCAAAAAAAAUUGUGAGAAAUGUUAGCAGGAUGAAACAUAAAUUGACAUCCUCGCUAUGUAUUAGAAUUGGAAAUCACAUGAUCUCAAGUACAAUUUGGAAUUUAUAGGUACAAGUGAUCAAGUUUUCAAAAUUGGACGAGCCUCUAGGCGAGUUCAAAUUGAGAACUUUCGAAACAUCAUGAGUAUCUAUAAAUUCUGGAAUGUACGAGAAUAUUGUGUGAUUUCUCGUUUAUAAUAAUAAUCGAGCAAUGUAAUUGGGACUUUACAGAGUACAAUUUGGGAUUUAAUUGUACUCCUCUUGUCCAACAACAAUAGGGUAAUUUUGUAGAUUGUAUUAUUAAUAAUAAUUAUUAUUAGUGCAAACACUAGUCAGAGUGAAGUCAUUUUGUAAAAGGGAAUUUGUAAAAGGACCCCCCUAUUCCAGGAACUUCCAAUUUUUUUCCAUACAAACUGUGCAAUUUCAUUCUUACUCUGACCAUUAAACCCGUGAAAUAGAUAUUAGACUAAUACACAUUUAGUAGAGCCUAAUUCCAUUGUUUACUUUUGUGUCUAUUACUAUCAAUUAACGUUGACUAGUAUUUUAUUAAAGGUUGAUGAAACAAAUCUAACAAAUGAAGUUAAACCCAUCCUACAAAUAUCUAUUUGAUAGUUUUUUAAUUUCAGGGGUUAAAAUGCCUUCACUCUAUAUCUAAAUAAAAAUAAAUGAAAUGAAUUGACUUUAUUUAACGAGGGUGACAUACAUUACUGGUAACCCAGUAGUUUCCGUUAUGGCCUUCCUACAAUUAAUAAACUGAAAUGAAAUGAUCAAAGAAACAUAAAUUGUGUUAAGAAUCCCAACUGGCAAGGAGGCAGACCAGUUGGCUAUUUACAAGCAUGGUCGAGAAACUGAAUCUGAACUAAUCAGGGAUCAGGACAAAUACAGUCUCAGCUAGUGGCCACAGUGGGACUCAAACCCGGCACCACCGGAUUGCGAGAUUGAUGCUAUGACCACUCGACCAUUCUGCCUCCAUAUGAAUUAUCUGUGAAACAAUUACUAUUUAGUGUGUAACAGUAGACUUAUAGUUGUCACCUAAAUAAGAAUUAACUCAGGCAUAAACYGAACAAAAAUGCAUAGAGGUAUUUGCUUUUGUUUCCAAUUUUCUGCUCCAGUAAAAUCUACUAUUUUGCACAAUAGCUGCACUUAGAUAUUAUAUCUUUGGUAUUAUAACUUGCUAUAACAAUAACAUUGCAUCUGAUGCUUUUGUAAAUUAUCCAAUUACAACUCAGAAUUACAGUAUUCUAUUAGAUAAGAUGGCUACAGUACAGUUAUCUGAUAGUUGUACAUUUAUUAUGGGUUUAUUAGUAGCGAACAAUGAAUGCCUCUAUGGCUCUAAAAAACAGGAAAUAAUUGGAUUAAAUUAUUUUAUUUUUUAGCAAAUUCAAAAUUCCAGAUCUUCAAUUUUUUAGAACAUUUAAAUCUUGAAGAGUUUCAGAACAAGAGAAGUUAUAAGAUGUUCAUAGUGCAUUCUUACACAUCGACAUGAAAAAUUUGAAUGAAUUAAUAAUAAUGAACAAUUUUGUCAUGAUUUCCACUAGCAUAGCAGUUAUUCAUUUAAAGUGAAAACUCUCUAUAUUGUUUUAAUGGCAAACACAUUUUUUUAAAUGCCUGUAGUGAAUAGUAAUGUAGUUGUUCCUACUGAGAUAGGAAUGAAAAAUAUGAAUGAAUAAAUGAAUAAAAUGGU